AUGGGCAACUUCAAGAUCAAUGUCUCUGAUGCUCCCAUCUUUAUCUUGACGGGCUUCCCAGGAAUGGAGGCCAUGGAGCCCUGGCUAUCUUUUCCUCUCCUUCUGCUCUAUGCCAUCGCCAUUGUGGGAAACGUCCUGAUCCUCCUCAUUGUUAAGGAGCCAAGUCUGCACCAGCCCAUGUACUACUUCUUGUCCCUACUGUCUGUCAAUGACUUGGGGGUGUCCUUUUCCACACUGCCGACUGUGCUGGCUACCCUCUGCCUCCGGGCCUGGGUGAUUGCCUUUAAUGUCUGCUUAGCCCAGAUGUUUUUCAUCCACCUCUUCUCUUGGACAGAGUCUGGCGUCCUUCUGGCCAUGAGCUUCGAUCACUACGUGGCCAUCUGCAACCCACUGCACUAUGCCACUGUGCUCACCAAUGCCCGCAUUGUGGCCAUGGGCCUGUGUACUGUCCUACGAAGCUUUGCCCUCAUCUUGGUCUUCCCACUGCUGCUGCACAGAUUAACUUUUUGCCACCCCCGGAACAUCCUUUCCCAUGCCUACUGCCUUCAUGUAGAUAUGAUUAAGCUGGCAUGCACUGAUGUCUCCCUCAAUAGCCACUAUGGACUGUCCAUUGUGCUUUUCACCUUUGGCCUGGACUCUACCCUCAUUCUUCUCUCCUAUGUACUUAUCUUUCGGUCAGUGCUAGCCAUUGCCUCCCCAGGGGAGAGCCUCAAGACGCUUAACACAUGUGUGUCCCAUGUCCCAGCUGUGCUCAUCUUCUACGUGCCUAUGGUGAGUGUGUCCAUGGUACAUCGCUUUGGUGCUGGCCUGCCCCAUGCUGUUCACACCCUCAUGUCUCUUAUCUACCUCUUUGUGCCUCCCAUGCUCAAUCCCAUCAUCUACCCCAUUAAGACAAAGGAGAUACAGCACAGGCUUUUAAAGAUGCUCUUCAGGGUCAGGUCCUGA